CCGCGUCGUCCAAUUAUAUAUUAUAUAUUUUCUGUAUUCACCAACUUGAUUAUUUUACAACGUACCUCGUAGAUGUCUUCAAAUAACAAGAUACUCAGCUCAAUUAAAUUUACUAUCUUGGACACUCGUCAACACCUACCGUCUUCAAUUGGACCCUCUGAAAAUGCCGCCUGCCUCAUCUCCAGUAAUCUAUCCAGCCAGCUCCUCUCCUGUAGGCGUAAUAAAGCGCACGAAAUCACAUCUGGCCCCUACCUCUCGGCCUCGCGCGAAAGCUGGCUUUCUAAUUGACGAUGACUCCGACGAUGAUGAUUUACUGCAAGAGCCUGCGGCCAAGAGGCGCAUGCUUAAUAGUCCUAGCGAGCGUCUAGCUGCCGAGUCCACCGAGCCAUCUUCACCUCCCUCAUUGUCCUUAAAUCAUGGGCUUAAGGAAGUCCCAUCAGUACCUCUCGAAACGACCUCGCAAACCCAAGAUAGCCAGGAAAGAAGCCAACCACCCGCAUUGAGCUCAUUCGCGAGCUCAAUUAACGCCACAUCCAUUUUCGAUCGAUUGACUUUCCAUCAAAGACAGACUAAUUUCAACGUUACAACAUGUUCAGGAAAGACGAUCAGCAUCAAGGAGCGAAAGGCCGGUACUGGUGUCUCCUACGAGAAAAUGGUUGCAUCCCGGUCAAAGACAAAAGAAGGUCGAGCGAGGAAGAGUUAUUAUGGCAUCGAUAUCCACGAAUUAAUAGAGACUACUACCAAGGAACUUGCCAAUCGGCCCUCUAGUAACCCCAUUACACCUGAUGAGCCGAUGCCCUCAGUUGAACCCGUAAAGAAGCCUAAGAAAUCAUUACUAUGGACCGAAAAAUACCGUGCGAAGAACUUUAUGGACCUAGUCGGUGACGACCUCACAAACCGACAGGUGCUACGAUGGCUAAAGAGAUGGGACCCCCUGGUCUUCCCGGGAGUCUCUAAGGCAAGAACUGUUAGACGGCCGGGAGGGAAGACGGAGGCCGCAGAGGAAAAGCCUCACCGAAAGAUCCUAAUGCUUACCGGCCCACCCGGGUUAGGCAAGACCACACUUGCUCACGUUUGUGCGAGGCAAGCUGGUUACGAAGUUAUGGAGAUAAAUGCUAGCGAUGAUCGCAGUCGAGACGUUGUGAAGAAUCGGAUUCGUACAAGUCUAGGCACCGAAAAUGUCAAGACGGUACAAAAAAACAAACUUGGGAGCGAAAAGAACCAAAAAGUGGUCCGACCUGUGUGUGUGGUAGUGGACGAAGUUGAUGGUGUGGUAACCGGCUCCGGUGGCACUGGAGAGGGUGGUUUCAUCAAAGCUUUGAUCGAUUUGAUUACAACUGGAGAGAAGAACGCCUCAGAACAAGAAACCACAAAUCAGUACUCAGCACGUCGCAAGAAGAAAGGCGACGAUUUUCGCCAAAUGAGGCCGCUCAUCCUUAUCUGCAACGAUGUCUACCACCCAUCACUGAGACCGCUACGUCUAUCGAAUUUAGCCGAAAUUAUCCACGUAGGAAAGCCUACCGUGGAUGCUGUCGUGACACGUCUCAAGUCAGUUUUUGAAAAGGAAGGUAUUCCAUGUGAAAAAGAUGCUGCACGAAAGCUGUGCGAAGCAGCGUGGGGCAUGAGCAGUGGCAUCGACGCAAGGAGAGGCGCGGAGAGCACAGCAGAAGGUGAUCUACGAGGCAUUAUGGUCGUAGGUGAAUGGGUAGCCGGCCGUCUAAAGUCCGCAUCCCUCAAGAGUCCACCAUCUUUAACACGGCAAUGGGUCGAACGAAAUAUUGUCCACGAUCUAAGCCAUGGCGGUGGUGGCGCGAGGGGCGUAGGUCGAGGCAAUGUGAAGGAUAUCGUGACUCGAAUUUUCCAAGAUGGUGCUGGGUUCCCGAAGAGCAACGUGAUGGUCGCAGCUCCAAUAUCGAAGUACCAAGAUGAACAACCGCAAGCCCAACUGGGCUUCUCCGAGCAGCAAAAGAAAUACGGCAUGGAGCGCUUAAGGGAGAUGGUAGAAACGAGUGGGGAUGUGGACAGGGUAAUAACAGAUGUCUUUCUGGACUACCCAAAUCACGAAUUCAACGAUGAUUCAUUCCUUUCUAAACCAGAUGCGGCCUACGAAUGGAUGCAUUUUCACGACACUUGUUCGUCGAGAUUAUUCGGCACUCAGAGCUGGGAACUAGCCCCUUAUCUCUCUCAACCUAUUCUUGCAUGUCAUCACUUAUUUGCGUCGCCUAUAAAACGCGCGAAUCUAGGCUACGAUAGGAAAUGGGGCGAUACUGGAGACGAGGCACCACCGUUGCCCUUUUCAGGACCCAGAGCCGAUUUUAUCGCUCGCGAGUCCGAGAAGGAAAAUCGCGCAAUGCUUCAAGGGAUACAAGAUCAAUUACCGCCCACACUUUUGCGUGCCUUCCGCAGCGCCGAAGAGAUUGCGACGGAAUUCUUGCCGUACCUCAUACGCCUAGUAUCUCCGGAUGUGAAACCUGUAGUUGUGGGAGGUAGCGGAGACCAGAAGGGCACAGCGAGUGUCCGGAAAGACACCGAGAAGACUAUGGUGAAGAGGGCUGCAGAUGUCCUAGCCGAGGUCGGUAUCGAACUCCAGCGAGGGAAAAUCGAGAGCGAGUCCCCGUUCAGCAGGGGGGCGCAGUGGGUGUAUCGCAUGGAACCCGAUCUCGAUCUGCUGUCUACAUUUGAGACCUCGGCAGCCGUGGUUCAUGGCACACUGGCACCGACGCGCUACGCCGUUCGCCAAGUAUUAGACCAAGAACUACAAAAGGCGAAGCUACUACGGGAGAACUCGGCAAGACAGGCGCGCUUCCGAGCCGGUAACCCUCAUGCUACAGCCGCGGAGGAUCCGCUGAUUUUGCAUGACAAGGAGAAUGUCAAGGCUGCUAAGAUGCCGAGACUACCUAUGCUCGGGGUGAAGAAGGACUUUUUCGGUCGCAUCAUCGAAAAACCAGAUUCGCGGGCGUUGAGGGAUAUUAACGGCAAUAGUAGACCUAACAGCAAGGCGGGUGAUGGCUCGUCCGGCAAAAGUGAGGGCAAGGUAUGGGUCACAUUUCACGAAGGCAUGAAUAAUGCGGUGCGGAAACCCCUAUCGCUGGACGAGCUGCUUAGGGGUUUGUAGUGGGUUGGGAAUAUCGGCCCUUACCUACCUACAUUUAGAUACGGAUAGGAGCAAUAUAUUCUUUACGCAGGAAGGCAUAUUUACAAUGUCCAGGAUCUAUCGUAGCCUUGGACGCGAGGAAU